AUGCUGAUGCUGGCCCUCCUGCUGGAGACGCCGGUCCCGGUGAAGACUAGCCGGCACAGCGUAGUCGUCUUGAAAAUACCGUUCGUCCUGAAGGUGUUGUUCCAUCCGGUGAAGCCGUUGACCGUGAGGCCGCUGUUCUUCGAGCUGGCGCCGAAUGUUAUGAUGAGAAUGAUUGACCCGCCGAUCGCCCCGCUGAAUGAGUGUGCCCUGACGACGCCGAUCGCUCUGGUGCAGCCGUUCUGGACGAAGGCGGUGUCCGCCCGUCCUCUCCGAGGUGCCUUGCCUGCCAACGUGACGGUCGCACGGACAUGCAGCGCGAGCGCCUCAGUUUUCAUGCGCCUGCCAGCCUGCUGA